CGCUGAGGAUAGACUCUCUUGACAUUUAUUUCGAUUCUGUGGACACGGUUUGGUAUGCUCUAGAAAUUAUUGAACGCUAUUACCGUGCAAAACCACCCUGGUGUUCGUCCCAUCCCUUCGGCCACCCUCCGAGCUUCCUCCUAUCAACAUCUCGGCUAUGAGCAUGCCAGUCGUACUGGCCGCUGCUCCUCUGAUAUCGUUGCGCUUCUGAGGCUACUCGGUCAUCCUCGUGGAAACGUCCUCGCUCCAAUAGUCGGCAGGUUUCAAAUGGCGGACCCUUCGGGAAAGAGGUCGACAUUCCGACCAUGUUUGGCUCUCCUGGCGAUGUUGGCAACAACCCUGCAACCAGGCCUCGCCCAAGUCUGUUCUUUCUGGGACGGCGGGUGCGUUGAUCCCUACGCUCAGACGGCGGUGACCUUCGACUUUUCUCCUCUACUCCUAGACGAUCUUACACUCUAUUAUGCAUAUGAUGCCAACUCUCGGGGGAAAGGCAAUGAGCCAAUGACAAAGGCUAGUUUCUGGAUGGGAACUGAGGCACACCAUAUGAAUAGUGCCGUUAUCGAUUCGAAUCGCACAUUGGAGGUCGGUCUGCGUGUGGGGAACCUAACAGGCACGCCUUCGGGCGGAACUAAUGGAUGUGAUGGCGUUUGGGGGCCGCAGUGCUCGAUGAACCUGAAGGAGACAUUGAAGGAGGCAAUAUUUCAGCUCUCUGUCAAGGGGGAGUACUACACUUACCCUCUAGAGACUGUCCUACACGAAAUGCUUGUUAAUCCGCCCGGCCUUCCUAACUGCCCACCACCAUUCUUCGAUGUCCAAAGGAUUCCUGUUCAGCCGUUUGCUUCGGAAACGGUGAGCGACAAGCUCGCUAGGAUCAAAACAUCCGGGUCCAGCGACAACCCCUGGAAGACGUGGUAUAUCGACAAUAUGACUGCAAAACAGCAAGCAGAUCAAGUGGCUGUCGCGAUUAUCAGCCGAAGUCCCUCCUACGACAGCCCGCCUCUGAAGAGUAAGAAUGAUGUUCAGAUUGAGCUGGUUUGCCUUCAGGCUCCUUCAAGCGGGGGCUCGUCAUCAAACGAAGAUGCCACGUAGUUUUCUUUUGAUGUUAGGUCUAAAUAACCUAACACCUUCAUUACGAAACCAUGAAACGGGCCACCAUUCUAGACAACAUGCUGGAUAGCCUUGCAUAGCGGUGCUACUGCAGUCCGUUGCUCUUCGAUCGCAUAUCUAGCGUUUUGACACACCUGCCAGCAAAUUGCCCUUAUCAGGGAAGACAUGGCCAGAUAUGCUCACGAUCUAUACCCGUCCGCAGCAGGCUCUAAAUCACUGGGACCGCGUCCAUCAUCGCAACAAGCGUAUAGUCCAAAGCGAUAUUGCUAGCGGGUUAACCAGUCCUUGGCCCGUUAUACAAGCAGUACCCAUGCCAUAGGUCAUCGUUGGCAGCCUCUGUCAUAGGCUAUCAAUUUUAGUCCUACAGGACAUAGUCGACUCUCGGUUCCAAUUACAUC